GGCGUGAGGGAGGCACCGAGCCGCCGCCGCCAUGGGCAGCUGAAGCCGGCGCCGCUGCCCAUGGGCUGCGCUGGAUGCAUCGCCUGGAGCGGAGCCGGGCCCGGGCGCACGCGUGAGGCUCGGCCGUGGUGACCCCAGCAGCGCACUCAAACGCUUGGACCAUGUUGGCCUGUCUGCAGCGAACCCAGAACCCCCCGGCGCAGCACCUGGCAUGCCCCAGCAAAACCCUGGAGCCACGGAAGUGUAAGUGCCCCAGGCCCCACAGGGUGGCACGCCGCCAGUGGGCACGGUAUUCUAACCCCCACCACGGUGAAACGGCAGUCUCCAUGCAUUCCCCACGCUACCCCAGCCCGGCUGAACUGGACGCCUAUGCACAGAAGGUGGCUAACAACCCCUUAACCAUCAAGAUCUUUCCCACCAACAUCAGGGUUCCGCAGCACAAGCACCUUAACCGGACAGUCAAUGGGUACGACACCACGGGGCAGCGCUACAGCCCGUACCCCGUGCACGCCGGUGGCUACCAGGGCCUCCUGGCCAUCGUGAAGGCCUCCAGCAAAAGCGUGGUGAAGAACGCGGAGGGCAAGCGGACUAAGAUGUCCCCCGCGCAGGUGGGUGUCGCCCCCUACCCAGUGUCAAGCACUUUAGCUGCAGGCCCCGCCUGCGCCGGGCAGUUGAAUUACCACGGGGCCCAGAAGCAGAUCGAGGCUCCAGUACCCCCGAACGUGACUGUGGCGACGUCCGUGAUCCCGCUCGCGGGCCGGAGCCUGACGCUGCCACAAUCCAACCUGCCCUCGAUCCAGAGCAUCAUCUACCAGAUUAAUCAGCAGUGCCAGGCCCAGGGCUCCCAGCAGGCCUGCCAAGGCGUGGUGGUGACCAACCCCAGCCCGGCCAAGCACGGUGCCACCGCCAGCUUCGCCACUAUGGCAACAGCUGGCGCUGCCGUGGCCUAUGCUGGCGCACUCCUGCCAGAUUGCCGCAAGGGAGCCGACCUGGCUAUCGGGUCGAACCCAGCCCUAGCCAUGGGCCCCAAGGCAGCCGUCUACCCGGACGGCAUGGAUUACCUGCUGUGGCAGCAGAAGCAGCAGCAGCUCCGCAUGUACAGCGGGGGCAGCGGCGGGGGGGGCGCCGUCAGCAAGUCUCCGGAGACAUGUGCGGGGGUGUCACGGCCCUACAGCCUGACAGGGGCAGCGGAGAAGGUGAGCUCAUCCCCGUUGAACUGCGUGGGGAUGCACGGCAACUUCUCAGUGGGGCAGUACUUUGCGCCCCCCUGGAACAGCAUCCUGGUCACCCCCAACAGCGACUGUUACAACCCCCCCGAGCUCGCCAACGGGCACCGCGAGCUCGCCGUGCACCCCUCAGAUGGGCUGCCCAGCAAGACCCUCUGCAAUACCUCCAUCCUCAGCAGCAGCCUCCAGUCGCUGGAGUAUCUCAUCAACGACAUCCACCCGCCCUGCAUCAAGGAGCAGAUGCUGGGCAAGGGCUAUGAGACGGUGUCUGUCCCCAGACUCUUGGACCAUCAGCACGCCCACAUCCGCCUGCCCGUUUACAGAUAAGAGACUGCCACUGCUUUCCAAACACAGGGCGCUGGCGAGAACGGGACUGACAGCCACUCUCCUCUCCAGCACCGCCAGGGGAUGUGAUGGAGCGAAGGCGAGGGAGGGGGGGGUGGGCUUGGCUUGACGCGAGGGAAGGCCCAGGUGGGUCCCCCCCCACCAGAGACGCUGGAAUGCACUGGGGCCGUCGAACUGGACAUGCCCGAGACCCGCCGCAAGGCCGAGGAGGACGGACUGCUUGCUUACAUAGCUCAGAAAUCGUUUUCUUUCCACGAAUGUGAACAGGGAAUUGCUACAUGUUGCUGCUAUCCAGGGAGAGAAGGCUUCACUCUG